AUGGCCACCGCGAUGGGCAAGCGCCUUGAUGGCAAGACGAUCUUGGUGACGGGCGCAUCCUCGGGUAUCGGCAAGGCCACUGCGUUGGAAUUUGCCCGCACUUCGCCAAAGAACUUGAAACUCAUCCUGACCGCACGGAGGUUCGAUGCGCUGAAGCAGGUUGCCGAAGAGAUCAAGGCGGAGGUUGGCGAGGGCGUCAAGGUGCUUCCCAUCCAGUUGGACGUUAGUAAGAAGGAGAAUAUCGAUAAGUUUAUCGCCGAGCUGCCGGAAGAGUUCAAGGAAAUUGAUAUCUUGGUCAACAAUGCCGGACUCGUCAGAGGAGUGGCAAAGGCUCCCGAGAUCGCUGCGGAAGAUCUCGAGGUGAUGUUCAAUACCAAUGUACAUGGCUUGAUCCACAUGACUCAGGCUGUGCUACCUAUCUUCCAAAAGAGGCCAGACGGCGGAAGAGGGGACAUCAUCAAUCUCGGAAGCGUUGCGGGCAGAGAGGCAUAUCCCGGUGGAAGCAUCUACUGUGCCACCAAGGCGGCAGUCCGAAGCUUCACCGAUGCUCUCCGAAAGGAACUUAUCGCAACCCGCAUCAGGGUGAUCGAGAUUGAUCCCGGUCAGGUAGAAACGGAGUUUUCCGUCGUUCGAUUCUAUGGAGACAAAGCCAAGGCCGACGCAGUUUAUGCUGGCUGUGACCCUCUCACGGCAGAGGACAUUGCGGAAGUUAUCGUGUUCACGGCCGGACGACCAGAGAACGUCGUUAUCGCAGAUACGUUGAUCUACCCCCAGCAUCAAGGCUCUCCCACGACCAUGCACCGAAGAUCGUGA